ACAAAAGACUCUUUUGUAUUCUGAACGUGUUCUUUCAAUAACAACACGUAGUUCAAUGGUAUAAUGUAAAAUGUGGACAAAAAAGAGGACAUUAAUUAUCUUAAUUUUGCUCAUAAUUGGCGAAGUGCAUUACUUCGACUCAAGAAUGACAUGGGCCUUAAGUUUUAUUUUAUCAUGCUUGCUUACUUACAUAGCAUCAAAACGCCGUGUACGUCAAAAUACCCUAAAUCAAUGAUGUCGGGUUUUACUUGUGUACUCAAAUGACGAAAAUAUAUCGCUUACGGUAAACCAUUUUGACUAUAUAUAAUAGUUAGUGAAGCCAUAAAUAACUUGAUUGCUUAUCAAUACAGUUAACAGGAUUCCACUUUGACCACAUAUUACGUCAUUGUAACAGACUUGCGUGUAACCAUUUUAAAAGCUUUUAUCAUGGCGAGUGUAUGCCUUUAGGUGAUAACUUAGGUUGUAAAAUAUGGCUGAAGUUAUCUCCAAGGAGACAGUGGACAUCGCAAUCCAGUACGAUAAUGAAGACUUCUACAAGUAUCAGAGACACGGUUCCACGCGGAGAUCACAGAAAGGCAAAACAUCAAAGUUGCCAUGGGAAAAGAACCGUCAGAGGAAAAAGGAAAUACAACAGCUCAACAACGAAGUGGUCGACCUGGAUGAACAGUUACGCGUUUCAAACGAGAGACAUCGUGAAAUACUAGAGAAAAUCACUGAAUUAGCAGACAGCCACCCCAUGACCGUUCAUGGAAAAAAGGGUGAAUUACCAAUGUAAAAAUACUAUCGUUACCAGCAGUAAUGAUGAAGAAAACCCAAUAGAAAGGCUGGAAGUUCUUCUGCAAAAACUGACUGUAGGUCUGGACGAGAACACAAAAGCCAGGGCGGAAGCGGAGUACAAACAGAGAGAAUCUGAGAUACUCCUGAACGAAAUCAUGUCUUCUCUUAAGGAAUGCAAGCACUUGGUUUCUGAGCAGGGCUCGAAAUCAUCACGAAGUUUCAAUAAAGUAUGUUCUUUGCUUGAGAAGGUUGCCAUGGAUCGGUCAGAUUUAAGUGUGUUUAAAGAGGGUAUUCACACCCUCCGACAGAAUAUUCAGCGCCGUAUGGUCCGCAGAUGGGACGAUCUUCCACCGGCCACCCAGAUUACUGUUGAUAGAAUUGUGGCAAAAUUAGAUAUAACCGAAUGGCUUCAAUUCGCGCGAAUCCUCAAAGUUUCUCCAGCUAGUUUGAAAAUAGAUCCGGAGAGUUUUGAUGAUGACAUGAAGACUAGAGUGUUUGUAGAAUGGGUUGAGCAAUCACACGAACACAAUGAGGUAGUGUUACUCUCAUUGGUAGAGGGAAGAGUUGAAGAAAAGUGUGCCGAGGUUACCAGAGGCUAUAAAGAGCAGUGUUUUUCGAAGCCGCUGACAUCCAAUAUGUCCGCGAAUAGUCACACUCCGACGAAGACGGCCGCUGGCGACCUUGGUGCCGGGCACAAUCGGGAGGUUCCACCUGACAGCAGGACCAUGAUCGAGCACAUGAAGAUUUUGAUGGAGUUUGCACUUGACACAAACAGCAAGGUGGAAUUGGUCUUGAAACAUCAAGAAGCUGUGCAAUUAAUGUUAACCAAAACAUAAGGUGUAAAGACAACUUUCUCAUUGCUCCCGACGUUACAUGUUUUUGCCGUAGUGUGGAUUUUUCUGUUAUUUCCUCAAAGAAAAAAGUUAUGCCUACCUACCUACCCUGUUUUUGGAGACGUCUGUAGAAACAAAGACUUUUGGCUAGCCUAUUUGAGAAGUACAUCUGAUUAGGACAGAGUCAUACAGGGUAUUGAACUACACGUCAGAAAAUGAAUUACAAAUUGUUCAGUGUGAUAUAUUUAGUAAGAAAGACGUGUGCCAAAAAUGAUCUAAUCUAGAUAGAAUGCCAAUCUGAAUUAGCUGUUUAUUGUCGUUCGUUGUUCUUUAAUGCGUGGUUUAAGCUUGGGUAUUGGAUUUUUCAGUAGUUAGUUAGCACCAAGUCAUCGAUGUAAAUAAAUUUCAACAUUUUUAUGAGUUUACUAUCUAUGUUUUCUUUGUUAGUUCCCAGUUUUAGUACACUGAUGCUUUUUUAUUAUGAGACUCUAUGACCACACAGUUUUAAACCUUUUAUUUACUAAGGCAGACUGUGUGUGAUGUUCAUUAUUUCAAACAAUUACUGCCUCGUAUUUUUUAAAUGUUUUUGCAUUAGGAAAUCUGAAUUGUAUUCUUUCGUCUGCAGAUAGAGUUGGGAUCCCUAAUCAUUGAAGUACUUGAGGUUCACCAUUUAGUGCAUUGUUAUUUGUUUUAUUAUUAAGUUUCCUCAAGUUAAUGUAUACUAUUUAUAAGAUUUACAUUUUAGGUUUUUACUUUAUUCUGGAUUGUUGGGAUAAGAGUGAGGUUUGUGCACGCAAACUGGUUUAAACCCCCAGUAAAUUUACAUUCUACUGACCGUUCCAAGGCGGUACCUAACAAUCCUUGAUAAACACACCUAGUUUUUUAUAUAGUAAAAAUGUAUGCACUGUGUUGUUUGUGGAGUUUUCUAGUUAUCUAGAUCUAGGCACUGUUGCAUUUUCAUUUAAUCAACGUCAAAUUUAAUUGCAUUGCUCGUCAUGUUACUAUAUUUGUAUGUAUCAUAUUCAUAUUAUGUCAUACUUGACUCACGCUGAAUAAAACGAAAUCCAUUAAA